AUGAAAGCGCACAAGCAAGAGAGGCGCGGCCAUGGUGCAGGCAACGUUACAGCCGGCAACGCCAGCGCCGAGCAGCGGACGGCGGCUGACCGACUGCUGACCGAGGCAGCGCCCACGGCAGCGCCCACGGCAGCGCCCACAGCAGCACCCACGGCAGCACCCACGGCAGCGCACACGGCUUGGCUGGCCAUGUCAGCCGCGCAGGGACCCUCCCGCGGGUCCAACCCGAAGCGCUCGACCGCUCGACAGCGCAAGUCGGCUGACGGAGCGAGCCGCAUAGCCCUCCAGUGCUCACCGCAGGAUCAGGCCUGA